GUAAUGGUGAAUUAACUUCAAGGAGAGAGAGAGGAGAGAGAGAGAGGAAAGAAAGGUAGUUGACUUGCAACAGGAUCGGGGAGCAGACCAGGUGAUGGAUAUCGGAUUCAACCUGGAAGGUUUGGAGCCCACAUCUGUCAAGCGUUCCAAGUUGAUGGAAGUUGAGGGAGUCCCUUUUCCCAGUGAUAUCGCAGAGAACUGGGGGCUCAUAAGGGCCUUUCAAGCCCGGCCUGACGACCUUCUCAUUUGCACUUAUCCCAAAGCAGGGACUACCUGGAUGCAAGAAAUUGUGGACAUGAUCCAGCAUGGAGGAGACCCACAGGAAUGUGCUCGUGCCCCCAUCUAUAAAAGGAUGCCCUUCAUAGAGAUAUGCCUUCCAAGACGCAUCAACUCAGGCUUGGAAGAGGUGGAGGUGAUGCCAUCUCCACGCACGCUCAAAACUCACCUCCCGGUCCAGCUGCUGCCGCCUUCCUUCUGGGAACACAAUUGCAAGAUCAUAUACGUGGCCAGGAAUGCCAAGGACAACAUGGUCUCCUAUUUCCACUUCCACAAAAUGAACCAGUGGAUGCCUGAACCAGGAAACUGGGACCACUUUUUGGAGAAUUUCCUUACCGGGAAGAUUCCGUGGGGCUCUUGGUUUGACCAUGUUCGUGGCUGGUGGGAUGCUAAGGAACGUUAUCCCAUUCUCUACCUUUUUUAUGAAGACAUUAAAGAGGAUCCGGCCCGGGAAAUACAGAAAGUAGCCCAGUUCCUAGGAUUCAAACUUCCAGAACAGGUUCUGAACCGGAUUGUACAUCACACAAAGUUUGAGAACAUGAAAGCGAACCCGAUGGCUAAUUACACUACCGUGCCUUCCUGCUUCCUGGACCAAACCGUGUCACCCUUCAUGAGAAAAGGCAUCGUGGGGGAUUGGAAGGAGCACUUCACAGCGGCUCAAAGUGAACGGCUGGAUGACAUCUGUGCGCGGGAACUGAGGGCCAGCAGCCUGAGCUUUCGGACAGAACUAUAAGCAACCCUCUGGCUUGCACUGAGACUUUCACCGAAACGUGCUUCAAUGUUAUCUGUCUAAGAAGCCAUGAGCGAGGGC